AAAUAUUCAAGUUUGAAUUUUCUGAAUUGAAACUACUUUAUACCUGAAAUUUUCUAUUAACGAAUGGAUUUGGGAGUAAAUACCACUGGGGAAAUAAAGAAGAAGUCAUUCACCCUUAAUCCAAAACCGCUAGGGAGAGACGGUUUGAUUCUCCGAGUACAUCAUACAGAUAGUCAUUCACAACGACUGAGAUUUCUCUACACAUGUUUCAAUGAUGCUGGAAACUUGUUGGCGUCUUCAGAUAAUCAUGGGAACCUAUUCUUCAUCAAUAUUGCUUCCUGUAAAUUUUGGGGUCUUCCUGUAGUGGAUUCGUGCACCUUACUGGCUUUUUCCCCUUUCAAAUCUUGUGAUAUUCUCAUCGGACAAAAGAGCAAUGAAAUACGUAUAGUAAACUUUGAGAAUGGAUUGAUUACAGCAAAGUUAAUCGGGCAUGCAAGUCCUCCAACUAAUAUUUCAUUUUCCUCAUGCAUACAAUGCCUAACUUCUUCUAAAACCGAAGCAGUUAUAUGGAAUUUGGAAGACAAUACAAAGCUCAAGAUCUUGACUUUGGAAGAAGGAUCUUAUUUGUCAUAUGUUUCCUUCUUGCCAAAUUCAAAUCAGAUAAUUGGUUGUUAUACAGACAAUUUGAUAAAUGUAUGGGCAAUUGGGUCUUUUGAAGUUUUGAGAAUUAUUCCACCUACCACUUGGAGAAAUAUUAAAUUGAAACAUUUCACAUGGUCUUGUGAUGGUUCUAUCAUGGCAUUGUCUGGAAUUGAUCCUUGUGUUGCUAUUUAUUCACUAAAAGCAUGGAAAGUUCUCAAAUUUGUUAAUCUUCCAGAAUACAUCAAAACAAUAAGAUUUUUGAAGUUCAUAUCUUACAACCAAUCGACAAAUCCCAUCUUAGUAAUAUUGUCAGGGCAAGGAGUUCUCUUAUUUUUUGACCUCUUAGAAAACACAAUUAUAAGCGAGUUGAAGACACAAAAUGAGAUCGUGAAGUUGGAUCACUCUGAUAGAAAUAUAUUUCUGGGUUGCUUACUCUGUACUGGAGAAAUUGAAAUUUAUGAUAUCCGCACAUAUGUUGAUAAACCUUCAAGAGUGGUAGCUUUGACUAAAAACAAAUUGAAAAUAAGAUUAAAUCAGAAAGUUCAUCCAAAGAAAGUUAUAGAGUUGAAAGAGGAGGUGGAAGAAAUGUUGAACAUAGACAAGCUCCGCUCUAUUCUCAAGGAGUACGGUGAAUAUCCAGAAAAUUAUCGUACAAUGAUUUGGGAACAGUUGUUACAACUUCCUCAUAAUAAAGCAGUAUAUGAUGCGUUAAUAAAAUACCAGAGACGCAACGCAUUUGAAAAUUUGGAUAGAGAAUAUCCUAUAGAAAACAGAAGUUUCAAAAGCUUGAGGUGCCUCCUUAAUAAUUUAGUUACAUGGUGUGGAUUUUUCUCCCAUGUUCAUUAUUUACCAGUUUUUGUUUACCCCUUUGUUAGGGUAUUUCAAAAUAAGCCCAUUGUUUGUUUUGAAGCAGUUGCUACUAUACUCUUGAAUUGGUGUCAAUAUUGGUUCGAAUAUUUUCCACUUCCUCCCAUUAACAUUCUGGCAAUAAUAGAGAGCAUGUUAUUGGAGUGGGAUCCGCAACUGUUAAGACACAUAAAUGACUACGGUAUAACAUCAAAACAAUAUGCAUGGCCUCUACUGGAGUGCGCUUUUUCGGAAGUGCUCACCACCCAGUCCUGGUAUGUUUUUUGGGACCAUAUACUGACUAAUGAGCCAGCAUUCCUGAUUUGUACCGUAAUUGGAUACAAUAUUAUGCACAGAAACGCCUUGUUCAACUUGAAAGAAACAAAGGAAAUAGAAAAUUUCUACCACAAGCAAAAUCCAUUAAAUAUGAAGAAAUUUUUGAGCAAGUGUUAUAAAAUUAUGGAUAAAACCAAUCCAACUAUACAUCCUCGUAAAUACUUAAACAUGUUCACAAAUAUUGAAAAGGAUGUUUACCCCGUCUUUCAAGGAUAUCCCAAAGUCCUGAUAGAAAAUGAAUCACAAAAAUUGAGUGAUUUGAAAAAUCAGUUACAAAAUAUUGACCUUGAAGAGGCCAAAUUACUGUUGGAUAAAAAGAAACAAAUCGAUAAGAUGUUGGAUGGUGACUUAGAAAAUAUUGAGAAAAAGAGAUUGUAUGAAAUGAAAAAGGCUUGCAAUGAGAAACUCCAGGACCAACAGAUCAAAGCCAAACAACAUCUGCAACGUCUGACCAAGCUCCGAAAAAAAUUUGACGAACACCAGGCCAAAAUUUUGAAUUAUUCAAGAAAUGACCUAAUCAGAAAAAAAUUACUCGUCACAGAUAUGAUGUGCAACGAAAUAGAAACCAAUAGCAAAGCCGACGAAUAUUUGGCUGAAAAGGCGGAGACUAUGUUGCUACGUCAUUAUUCAGAGCUUAUGAGGCACAAAAUGCAGAUCGAAGCUUUAUUACAUGAAGAAUCAAGUUCCAUUGAUGAACCUCAGCUACAUGAAACAAUCAGAAGAGAGCACAAGAAGAUACUGAGGGAAGUUAAGAAGAUAUCACAAUCUCCAGAUGCUGAAAACAGAAUAAGACAGUACAAUAUAGUUUCAAGUUUAUUAGCCAUCGAUGACUUGAUCAGGAAAGUAGAAUCUGCACUUGCUAAAGAACUUUCAAGUGAAUAUUUAGAUCUGACGAAAAGUGAAAGCUGUCUCAAAAAUAUACAACUUCGAACUGAAACUGAAGAAUUGGAGGCUGAAGUUAGCAAUUUGUUGAAUGCUCUCUCAAAAUCCAGGAUAGAUGAAAGUAGAUCUAAAAUUUCUACAGGUGCCACGACAAACACACAAUCAUCUGAAUUAUUGAGAAUAUGUAGGAACUAUCCAUGGAAUACUUCAAGGAUAGAAUCAGUGUCCUCAAGUGAAAGCUAUCCCCCCAGUGAAAAUAUUUCCAAAAAAGAGAGUGAAAAUCCCAAAAUGAUAAGGAAUAUCAAAAGAUUUAGGAGGAGAGUUGCUAAAAAGUCAGUGAGAUUUGCUGGCUCAAAGAAAAUAAAAUAGUAUCUUUUUGAAAUAUAAAAAUGUACUUAAUAUAAUUUAGUAUUAAGAACAUUAUAAAUAAUCUGACAAUUUAAUCCAUCAUAAAGAUAAAAGUCACAUGCUUUUUAUGAGAAUAUAGUAUGCCUUCAUAAUUGAUGGCUUAUAUAUUGUUGAUAAGUAAAAAUGUACGAGUAGUAUAAUAAAGUCAUUUUUAUGAUGUA